UCUCUCUUUCUCUGUCUCUCUUUCACAUGUACUCAUAGUUCCGAUACACUUUCUGGCAUACAUCUACAGAAAAAACAGAAAACAAUAUAAAUUACAAGUAGAACCUACAAGUCCAUAAAUCUUCAAACCCAAAAUUUCAAAGUACAUAGAUUUUCAACAAGUCCACCCUCGUGCCACCAAACAGAGAAAACCAGAUGGGUUCAUACUCUAAGGCCAACAUUGUCCACAAGCCACCAAGACUCUCAAUGGGAAGUCUCCAAAGAACCAUAUCUGACAUCUCAGCUGAACUAAGCAGCAGCAUCAGCAGCAAAGAAGCCAUUGACGAUGACAUUCAUCUUCCAACCGUAUCUGAGGUUGAGGAUGCCAAGUGUGAGUGCUGUGGCCUGUCCGAGGAGUGCACGAACGAGUACAUAGAUCGUGUGCGAAGCCAGUUUUCGGGGAAGUUAAUUUGUGGGUUGUGUGCUGAGGCUGUGAAGGAAGAGAUGGACAAGAAUGGAGGCAAACAAGAAGCGGCUGUGAAUGAGCAUAUGAGUUCUUGUGAAAAGUUCAGUAGGCUUGGUAGGGCAUACCCCGUUCUGUACCAAGCUGAGGCCAUCAGAGAGAUUUUCCAAAAGAGUUCAAGAAUUAGGGCAAAAUCCAUGAGUCCUAGAGAUGAGAGUGUUCGAAAGAGUAAUGGGGGUAUUGCAAGGAGCUCUAGUUGUAUUUCCGCAAUCAACCGGGAAGAACUGAUCAGCCCUAAACCUUAAACUUUAAACUCUAAAUUGUAAACCUUUGGAAUUUGGAAAGACUUUAUUAGUUUUUUCUCUAUGUAUCACAACCACCAUCCCAUCAUAGUUAGCGUCAAAAGGGGUACUUUCCAUUUACAAGAAAUGUAACAAUCUAAUGCUAAUCUUACUGUGAUUGAUUAGUUUUUUUCUUAUUACAAGCGAUACUAUAAUUCUAAACUACAUUAAGGGAAGGAGGAGGAUUUAAACAAGGAAUACUGGGUUGAAGAUCCUUU